CAGACAGGAGCUACUGCUGCUGCUCAGGCAGGUUCUUAUCUCUUUGUUACUGUAUGAUAAUUCAUUCAUUGAAAACGGAAAUUAAUAUCGAUUCCCCUUAACAAUUUGAUUAGUCGAUUGGAAAGAUUUUGGGGAGGGAUAUUUUUUUCUGAUUACUUAGCCGGCGGUGAUGAGUGCGUAAAAGCACUCCAAAGCACACUCGACACCAGAAGACCUCCGUUACGCAUGAGCUGAAGCCACCGAGUUUCACGCGUCUCAAACCAUAACCUGUCCAAGAUGAAGGUAUCUUUUGGCGCUUUCGUUAUCGCAGCUGGCAUCUGCGGGAUUCUGAGCUUUGCCUUUUUGGCCACUUCCCUCGGCACCGAUUAUUGGUACAUUAUAGAAAUGAAUCCCAUGAAUGUCAGCGACUUUGAGAACAUGAGCUCCCACUCGGGACUGUGGAGCAUCAACGAAGGUGGGAAGAUGCACACGGGCUCUAUCGACUCGUUCACAGUUGACUACUCCGGGGUCUCCGAUACCGAGCUGCGCAUGCUGAACAUGCACAGUGCAAUUGUGGUGAUGCUUCCCCUCAGCCUGGUUCUGUUGCUCUUUGGUGGCAUCUGUGGAUUGGUCAGCUCCCUGGCUCGUAGCCCGAUCCUCCUCACCGGCACGGCGUCGUACUUCUUCAUCUGCAGUCUGCUGACUAUGUGCGGCGCCAGUCUCUACAUCAUUUACUCGAACCAGGCGCUGGCUGAGACUGAGAGGCUGGUGGGUCCGGAAGGUCUGGCCUACAUUCACACGUCUUUCGGCUGGUCUUUCGGUCUGGCCUGGCUCUCCUACGGCCUGGAGCUCCUCACUGGAGUACUGUUGCUUACAGCUGCACAAAUGGCCAAGCUCCACCACACCAGCCCCAUCAUGGCCUAACAUAAUCCUCUGCAGUGGGCCUAUGGUGUUCUAGAUGAGAACUGAACUGUGUGUGAAUAAUAGAGAAAGGAAAGGAUGACGAUGCGGUGUGAUUCUACCUUCACACAGACUCCAAAGGUUAUCAUAAAAAUUGAUGUGGAGCGAACUGUUUCAUGGAUCUAUUUUCCUUGAGUUUGGGUAGUUCUGACUUUCUGACGAUGUGGUCCAAGUAAGGAGGCGGAUUUAUACUUUCAAUUACAUUUGACCAAUAACGCCCUCUUUUGGGGAGGGUUGAAUUUGCACCUCAUACACAGUGUAUCUGUUGAUCAUACUGUUGUGAUUUAUCCUGUGCCAAACUAAACUGACAAGCUUUCAAUUCAGUAUAAUAUAAUGUUUCUUUAACUUAUCUCAUAUG